AUGGCAGACAACCCGGUCAUAACUUUGGGCAAACGCAAGCGUGCUCAGGUCUCCUAUCUCGAUGAAGACGAUGGGCUGGACGGGCUACUUGGCAUGGACGAUCACAAUGAUGGCGAAUCGAUCAACGAAUUUAGUGACGAUGUCGAUGAUGUGGCUUACGGCAAGCGCAAGCCUAAACGCAGCGCCAGACUCGCAAAGAAAGCCAAGCUUCCGAAGAAGCCAAAGAAUCAGAAGCCAUUUCGCUUUCUUGAUCUUCCCGCCGAAUUGCGAGAUCAGAUCUAUGAGCUCGCUCUCGUUGAUCCACAUGGCAUCAGUCUUUUGUCCAAGACCAAGGCGUACCGUCGCACCGUGACCCGUGGCCACAUUACCGAAGAGGACGAUCGUGGUUACUGGUAUGGACGGUCGCGCCGUGGCUACCGUCCAGCCAUCCAGAACGAGGAGAACGGCGCCGACAGAGAGCCGAUGCCGACGCUCAUUCCAGCUUUGCUUGCUGUGAACAAGCAGAUCUAUGCUGAGGCAGUCGGCUAUCUUUACCGGCAACGAUUCGUUAUUGAGGAUACUUACGCCCUGCAUGAUUUCGUCGCGGGACUUGGUAGUCAUCGUACUCAACUUGAUAAUGUCACUAUCAAAGGAUGGGGACGAGGCAGGGGAGCGCACAAGUCGAUGAACUUCACCGGCUUCACCCUCCUGGCCAGCUGCAUCAAUCUCAAAUCAAUCACACUCAACUGUAACAUCGGCGGCUGGCGUGAUCCCAAAGGCCUGGCCCGUCAGAUUUACCGUGACGGUGUUUAUUUCUUCGAAGGGUUUGGUCUGGCCAAUGGUUCUAAGGAUGCCGGCGUCAAGAUCCUGGAGCUGGGCGACGAGAACUUUUCCAAGAGUAACCGUGGGUGGUGGCGUCGUACUCAAAACAGCAUCCCUGACUACGAGGAGGAGGAUUAUCAAGAGUUGUUCAAGGGAGAGCUGCGGAAGCUUUUGGUGAAGCACUAA